CCUUCUGCCCGAUAGGACGGACCGAGACCCUUUUGCUCUGAGUUAUUUGAUUGAUUGCAAGUUCGACACAGUAUUCCGGUUCAGAGUUACCUCGGUGAAGCUUGUGUCAACCGGCAUUCAAUCCAGAGCUAGCUAGGCGCUUUUAUUUCCGCUGACAAAAUAGUGAAAGUAUUUCCAUUUACGUAGUACCUAUUGUGUGUUUGAUUUCCCGCAUUUGUUAUUUCGAAUUUUGAUUCAAGUGAUCUGUAGAUUGGCAAGCAUGGCAAGCAAAAUGAAGAAAGAGAAAGUUGCUAUCAUUGGAAGCGGUCUUAUAGGACGCUCCUGGGCAAUGCUGUUCGCUGGCGUUGGCUAUCAGGUGACCAUCUACGAUAUCAUACCCGAUAUUGUGGAAAAGGCACUGAAGGAAACGAAGCUGGAACUGGACAACAUUGAGAAGCAGGGUCUUCUUCGGGGCAUUCUAUCUGCGGCGGAGCAGUUUGCCUGUAUUAGCGGCACGGACAAUCUGAAGGAUGCCAUCACGGGGGCGAUCUACGUACAGGAGUGUGUCCCGGAGCGGCUGGAUAUCAAGAAGAAGCUCUACACCGAGGUGGAUGGACUGGUAGGCCCGAACACGAUCCUGGCCAGUUCGACAAGCACCUUUAUGCCUUCGUUGUUUAGCGAAGAUAUGAAGCAUCGUGCGCAGGUUCUGGUAGCUCACCCGGUGAACCCUCCGUACUAUGUCCCUCUGGUGGAAAUCGUUCCGGCCCCGUGGACCAAACCCGAAUAUACGGCAAAAGCACGCGAACUCAUGACGGAAAUAGGCCAGAAACCGGUUACGCUGUCACGUCAGAUCGAAGGCUUUGCCCUGAACCGCAUCCAGUAUGCGAUCCUCAACGAAACUUGGCGCCUGGUGGCGGACGGUAUACUAAGUGUGAAAGACAUUGAUGUGGUAAUGUCGGAGGGGUUGGGCAUGCGGUAUGCGUUCCUCGGACCUCUUGAAACGGCACAUCUUAAUGCGGAAGGAAUGCUAAACUACUGUGAUCGGUACUGUAAUACGAUCUAUGCCGUCAGUCAAACGAUGGGCCCAACGCCACGAAUGGAGGGCAAGGUAGCGGAACAGGUGGCCAAGGAGCUGGAGGAGAUGGUACCGAUCGACAAACUGCCCGAGCGUCGUGCAUGGCGCGAUGCCUGUUUGACGAAGCUGGCUCAGCUGAAGAAGAAUAUUUAAGCUCAGGAAAACAUUUGUCCUUUCUUUUAAUGAAUCUGACCUCUGGAAUGCAUAGACAUUAUGCAGUAAUAAAGGGAACGUAAUA